UAUGAGUCAAUUGAAUAGAUCAGUUAAAUAGAUUGGCCAAUACUAAUAUAAUGAGAGGCAUUGUUUGGGAGAAGGGGCCUAUGGUAAAGUGUUUUAAGGAAUGGACAUAAAGUCUAAUGAAAUUGUUGCAAUUAAGAAAAUGGAUUUGGCACUUUUUGAAAGAGAUACUUAUUUAAGGAAUCAAAUAGUUAGUGAAAUUGAGAUACUUAAGAAAUUCAAUCAUCCUAAUAUUGUGCGAUUUAUUGAUUUGAUUACAACACAAAGAUCUUUAUAUAUAAUUACAGAACUUUGUAAAGAUGGAGAUUUAAAAGAAUUCAUUUAAAAAAAAAGAAUAUCUGAAUAAGAAGUAUCACAAUAUUUAUUCAAUAGACUUAAGGAAUUAUGUUAUAAAUUAUAAAUGGUUUUAAAGAAUUAGUUAAAUAAGGAGUAAUUCAUAGAGAUUUAAAGCCUGCUAAUAUCCUCAAUCAUGAAGGUAUAGUUAAAAUAGCUGGUAUCAAUUUAAUUUAGAUCUUUAAUUAGAUUUUGGAUUUGCAAAAUACGUUGAUAAUUAUACAUCUUAAUUACUUCGAUCUUGUGUAGGAUCUCCUUUAUAUAUGGCACCUUAAAUUCUUUAGAGGAAAACAUAUUCUACAAAAUGUGAUAUAUGGUCUAUAGGAGUCAUAUUUUAUGAAAUGGUAUUUCAUGAUGUUCCUUGGAAAGGAAGAGAUGAAUAGGAUUUGUUAAAAAACAUUUUAAUGAAACCUUUAGUGUUUAAGCAUAACGGUAUAACAGAAUUUACAAGAGAAUUUUUAACUAAAGCUUUAAUAGUGGAAGAAUCUGAAAGGAUUUAAUGGGAUCAAGUAUUUUAGAUGUUUGAAAGUAUGGAAAAAGGUUUGGUUUCUAAUAAUCCAACAUUAUAGAAAUUGUAUAAUGAUUAAAACAUUAGUUGGAUGUAAAAAUAAUAAUAAAAAAUGACUGGAGAUCAAUUGUGUAAAUAAUUAAUAUUUUUAUAAUAAAUGAAAUAGGAUAUUGCUUUUCGUCAUUUUGUUAAUUUAGAAUUAUAUCAAAAAUUAGAUUAAUUAAAAAGAAUAUUUAGGGUAGAUCAAUCUAUUGAAGAAUGUAUUCUUUAAUUAUCAAGACUUGUAUUAGCUUAUAGUUAUCUUUUGGUUUAAUUAAUUGAAGAAACAUGUGAUUCUGGAGAAGAUAUGUUAAUUAAAGGUACAAAAUGGAAUAUAUUGAAUUAUACAAAAAAUGAAUAAGAAUAUUAUAAGAUAUUUUUUGCAAAUUGUAAGGAUGCAUUUUUCAAAGAUUCAAUUUAAUAUGAUGGAGAAAUAAGUGAUGUUGAAAGAAAUAAAUUAGAAGAGAAUUUAACUAAUAAAAUUAUUAAAAUCAUUGGAGAUAGUUUUGAUGAUUUAAAAAAGAAGGCUGUUGAAGAAUAACAGUAUAAUAUUAAUAAUAAUUUAAUUAGUUAUUCUUCACUUAUUGCAAUUGAAUUGUUAUUAGAUUAAUAAAUUAUUCAUAAAAAUAUUGUUAAAAUUACAGAAAUCGAAGUUUAGUAAAUAUUGGUUGAAAAAUAAUAAAAGGAUGAUUGGAGGAAGAUUUUGGAUAGGAUAACAAGUAAAUGGAGAUAAUUGUAAAAAUUAUGA